AUGGGGAGGGAGGUGGAGGGUGCUCCUUUCCCCCUGAAUUUUCUUUCUUUUCCAACACCCUCUCUUCUUCAUCGUCUCCCCGCCGCCUUCGUCUCUUCUCCUCCCGAACCCGCCUCCCUCCCCCUGAUUAUCUCCGACACCAUGCCAACGCAACCCGCAAACCCCCGAAAGCGUCUCCGCAUCCCCUCUCCGCCUCCUUCAAAGCGUUCCCGAGCAAAGGUCCCUCUCUCUGGUGCCCCCUCCUCGCACGGAAGCUAUCUCAACUACUACCACCGCCGCCACGCCGGCCACUCCCCCACCUCAGACGACCGCCUCUCCGUCAUCACUCCCCUCCUCGGACGUUACAAAUCCCCUGUCCUUCUGGAUAUUGGCUGCAAUGAUGGCGCCGUCACAGCCAGCCUCGCCCCCAGUGUCGCCUCUGCGGUGGGGGUCGAUAUCGACGCCGGCUUGGUCGCUAAAGCUCGCAAGCGAGUCCGAGCCACCGUCGCCUUGCUUCGCGCGACAGGGGGAAAAAACGAGUCGGAUGAAGAUUUUAUACCUAUCUCGUGCCAUGUUGUGCAAGGACCGCCUGUCGAGCUAGUGCAAGCGCCCCCCGAGCCCGAGCAAGUGCACGAGGGAAAGGAAUUUCCGUUCAACCUUUGCUUCCGCUGCGAGAACUUCGCAGCUGAGAAGCCUGGUACGACCGCUAUGGAGCACCACGCGUACGACGUCGUGUUGUGUCUGAGCGUGACGAAGUGGGUUCAUUUGCACGGCGGGGACGCUGCAUUGAAGCGUUUAUUCCGACGUAUGAGCGACUGUUUGCGCCCGGGCGGGGUACUGAUAUUGGAGCCGCAGCCGAAAAAGAGCUAUAAGCGAGCAAGGCAGAAGAAGAUACGGGGAGCGAAUCGAAAAUUUGGGCAGGACCUCAAGAUUAAACCGGAGCAGUUUAAAGAGAUUUUAUUGAAAGAGGGGGGGUUUGAAAGAUUUGAACUGCUGAGAGAUGUAGCGCAGGAGAAGGGGAAGAUGUUCAAUCGGCCGAUUAUGGCCUUUUUUAAGAGGGGCAGUGAUGAAGGGGAAGCUGGGACGGGUGAGGCCGGACUGGGUACCCGGUUAGAUGGGGAUACCGGAGGGGCAAGUACAGAGGAGGGAGUGAUUCGAGAGCCGUCUGGGGCCAAUAAGGCGCCUGCGAAUGUUGGCGUGACGUGUACAGGAUGCAUCAUAAGUCAUACUGUAAGAAUGCGCCAGCAUCCGGCAACAACCCCACAGCCACACGUUCUGCCACACGUUCCGCAGGAAGUCCACGCCAACACGUCCUUCAUUUCCCUCCGUGUUGCCGUUCUUUCCUUUAAGACAUAA